AUGAAGCAAUUCACUACUACUGCCGCUACCCUCGCGGCGCUACUCCCUCUCGUCCACGGGCAUGGCUUCGUGACCAGCCCCACGGCCCGUAUGCCCGGCUCCGCCAUGAAGGCCGCCUGCGGCGACCAGGUCGAGGUUAACCAGCAGUCCGACAACUACGGCAACAUCCAGGGCGAGCUGCAGGUCGCCGCUAGCCAGAGCGACUACAACGCUGCCGAGUGCGACAUCUGGUUGUGCAAGGGCUACAAGUUCGCCGACAACACGGACAAUGUGUACUCGUACACUGCCGGCCAGACGAUUGACUUCACGGUUGAUAUCCGCGCGCCGCACACGGGUAUUGCUAACGUGUCGGUCGUGGAUACCGCCAGCAACGCUGUGAUCGGUGACCCCCUGAUCUAUUGGUCUGUGUAUGCGUCGACCGCGACUGGUGUUACCGCCAAUGAGACUAGCUUCAGCGUGACCCUCCCCGAUGAUCUGGGCAGUAAAUGCGCCACUGCUGGUGACUGUGUGCUGCAAUGGUACUGGUAUGCACAGUCGAUUGACCAGACCUAUGAGUCUUGCGUUGAUUUCACUGUUGGCGGCUCCGGCUCCAGCUCGUCUGGCUCCUCCAGCUCCAGCUCUAGCUCGAGCGUUGGGACUUCGGCGGCGGCGGCGGCGGCGGCUUCAUCGUCCGCCCCCGCGGAGACUUCCACUUCCACCUCUGCCGCUGUUGAGACGACUUCCGCUGCUCAGACCAGUGCCGCCGUUGUGCAGGCUGUGACCACCUUCGCCACCCAGGCCCGUCAGUCCUCGCAGCCCAGUACCGUCGUGGCUACCCCCAGCGGCGUUACGAGCGCGCAGGCCAUCCCGACCAACGGCAGCGCCCAGGACAUGCUGGACUAUGUCUCGGCCAUGCUCAAGUACCUUGUGAGCAACAACUAA